GGGUUUCUUGUUUUUAAGCUUGUGCUAUCCCAAGUAAAUGUUGAUCUUUACUAAUAACGUUGUCCGGAUAAAAAAAAGGAAGAGUUUCAAAAACAUUUUUAGCUAAACUGGGUUGUCUAUCUUAUUUGUCUUAAGUUUUAGCGAUGGCAUAUUGAUUAGUCUGAUGUGCUCUCCAAUGUAAACGCAUCGCUUAAAUUACUCGAUUUCGCUGAUUAAGUUUGGUUUUCUUUUCUUUUCUAUGUUGUGUUGUGUGCUCAUCCCCAAACACAUUUUUGCAGAUGUGGAGAUUUUACGUCGCCCGAUAUCUUGAAUGAGGUCAGCUCAGUGACACAGAAGACGAAAAGAUGCUCCUCCGCAAGUCCAACUUUAGUUCCCCCAACUAAGUCUCCCCGCACAGACUCCAUCUCACCAACAGCACAGAGGCCAGAUGCAGGACAGGAGGUGGACACGGACAAACCAGAGAUGCACUCAGGUCCCACAAAUGAGUCCAUCAGCCCUACUGUACGGAGAAAAUCCUGGAGGAGAGCCACCAUAACCCGACGCUCCCUCCCAGCCCUUCCUAACCCAUAUCAGGCUUUGUGUAAGAGCAUCAGCACAUCCUUGCCACGUGAGGAGAGGCUUGAGAAACUGUUGGAAGCUUCAAUGAAGGCAAGUAGAGUCAAGAGUUUGGCAGUGGAAAGAACGCACAGUACACUCCAGUCAGUGCCAAAAAUCUCACUGGAGUCUUUUCAAAAACAAAUUGAUCACAUCCAAACAGAGUGGGGGCCCCUACUUUCUUCAAGUUCAGCCAGUUCCAGUGGACAAACAGUGAAAAAAGCAAUGGAAAGUGUCCAGAGAGCAAUUGACAGGCUCCAGGCUGAGAGUGAAUCAUGGGAGGCACUCUUAAUCAAACACCAGAGUAAAGCAGAGGAACUGAAAAGGACGGUUGAGAUGGGGCAAGAGACAGGAAGCAUUUCCAUAAGCGCUCCAUCCACAGUCCAGUCCUCCCAGUAUCUGGUCAUACAGAGUAAACCGGACUACCAGAGUGUUCUCUGUCGACAACGACCCAUGCUGAACACCAUCGCAAUGAUUAUGGACACUCAGUGCAAAAUGGUAAGAGAGCUUCUGUCCAUCAAGGAGUAUUCACAGUCAUUAGUGAAAGAGACCAGUGGCAGAUUAGCUGAAGAGGCAGGAUUCCAAGAUCUUUCGUCAGACCCCCUCAGGAAUCUCUUUUCAGCACCUUUGCAGACGCCAACAGCAUAAGUCUCUGGUCUGUGUACAGCAAACGGUCUCUCCAGAACUUUGAGCUCAAGCUUUUAUUCGUGUUUAAUGAUUCCACUUAUUGAUUAGAGUAUGCAUUUCUUUGUGCCGUAUAUCUUUGAUAUGUUUUUAUUAUUGAAAAAAGGCUGAGGUGCACCAAACAGUAGGAGGUAAUACACGUGUUUGACCAGCAGAUGGCAGAGGUUGGCCAUACUCAAAAUGAUAACAAACAUGGUGAAUGGCCUGAGUGGAUUUUCUUUUGACCCUUGAAUAAGUGCAUUCUCAUUGGUAUAUCCUGAAUCUGUUAAGAAACUGGUGAAUGUUUUUAAAAAAAAGUACAAGGCAAAGACAUUGUUUGUUCAUAAAAUAAACACUGAAAAAAAA